AUGCCGUCCAUCACAGCGUCCAUCGUCACAUUCUACAUUAAAUGGAUUCGUCAAAGCAAGGCUAUCAUGGGAAGUCCGGAGAAUAUACGUAAUGCUCUCCAAGAGGGGUAUGUUCGGCCACAGCAAUUUACUCCACCCACCAACCUCGGAACCGACAUCAUAAUUGAUCGCCUCGAUGUACACGACUGGCCUCUAUACAAAGUAACCUCGCAUAAGUCCUCAACCGAGAAUGAUGCACGCAAGGCACUUCUCUACGUACAUGGUGGCUCCUUCUUCCGGGAAAUUGUUUCCCAGCAUUGGAAUCUCACAGCACAGAUUGCUCGCGAGACAGGUCUAGAUGUUCUGAUCCCGAUCUACCCACUUGUGCCACGGCCAGGAGCUACAGCACAGAAACUUGCGGCUGGACUUCUUGAUGUUUGCCGUUUGUCUAAGAGUCCAGUUGUGAGUAUAGCUGGUGAUUCAGCUGGUGGCAUGCUCGCUAUGGUGACUGCCCAGCAACUACGAGAUAAAGAACCGGAAUUCUUCAGCAAAGUCAAAUCUCUAGUUCUGAUUUCGCCAGUUGUCGACCUUGGGCUAGAUCAUCCAGAAGUUGUGCGUCUUGAACAGAUCGACCCUUGGCUUGCCAUUGACGGCCUCCGCGAAGUCAUCAUUCCCAAGCUGGCAGCAGAUCUCCCCAUCAAAGACCCAAUCGUCAGUCCUCUGUACGGCAGCAUCGAGAACCUGCCCCCCACACUUCUUUUGUGUGGUACUUGCGAUAUGCUCUGCGCUGAUUCUCGGCGACUAAAGUCAAAAUUCACGGGCAAGGAUGUAAACGAGGCGUUGCCAGGAAGUACGGAGACAAAUGGAUUUAUAUAUGUUGAGAAGGAGGACAUGAUUCACGUUUGGCCUCUCUUACCACAUCCUGAAGGUGCUGAGGGACGGGAACUCAUCAUGCAUUUUGUAAAUAGGUAUUUGGAGAACUAG